AUGAAUAAUCAUCCAAUCGGAUCGUCCGAUUCAGUUCUCAAUUCCUCUUCAAGUCUUCAACAACAAACACUACAAAAUGGAGGAUCUUUUGUAUCACUUCCAACCACUUCCUCGGCCAAUGUUUCCGAGAAGAUUUUAUUUGCUGCUUUUAAUCAGGAUUGUAGUUGUGUAAGCAUUGGUACGGAUAGCUCGUAUAAGGUUUUUACGUUGGAUCCAUUGAGGAAGUGUUAUUCGCAACCUGGAGGAAUGAGUUGCGUUCAAAUGUUGUACAGUUCAAGUCUAUUAGCUCUUGUAGGAGCAGGUCAUCAGGCGAGUUUGAGUCCUAGAAGACUUCAACUCUUUAACUCAUCCGAGAAUAAGGCUAUUUGUGAACUCAAUUUCACAUCAACAAUUUUGAAUGUCAAAUUGUCAAAGAGAAGACUCGUAGUAGUUCUUCAGGACAAGAUACACAUUUUCGAUAUUUCAACAAUGAAAAUUCUUCGAACUAUUGAAACAGAUAACAAAUUAGGAUUAUGCGUCUUGUCAAGCAUUCCAUCAUCAACACCAACUGGUGUCAGUGGAGGAAAGAAUGAUGUGAGCUAUUUAGCAUUUCCAUCCGCAACAGAGACGGGUGAUGUUGUACUCUAUGAUGCCAUUAAUCCUAAACAUGUAGGAGUUAUCAAAGCUCACAAGAGCGACGUUUCAAUUAUCCAAUUUAAUCAAGACGGUACAAUGCUUGCCACAGCUUCUGGAAAAGGAACUGUGAUUAGAAUCUUCUCAAUUCCAGGUUGUGAACUUUUGCACACAUUGAGAAGGGGUUCAACAGCAGCACGUAUCUAUAGUAUUUCAUUUUCAUCUGAUUCAAGUAUGGUUUGCGUAUCAAGUGACAAGGGAACUGUUCACGUAUUUAAAUUGAAUCAAAGCUCAGAAAAGGAAGAAAAAGAAAAAAAGAGAACUCAAAAUGUUGGAACUCUCAGUGACACACUUCACAAUAUGUGGGAUAAUCAUCGUAAUUUUGCCCAUGCAACUGUGAAAUUGCCAGAAAAUGAGACAAGAAACAUUUGUGGAAUAACUCCAAACAAUGAGUCAUUGAUUGUUGUCAGUUUUGAUGGAUACAUUCAUCGUUUUGCGCUGGACACAACCAACGGAGGGGAGUGUGUUUUAGAGUCCAAAGUAAAAAUUCUUGAUUAA